AUGGCCAUAGCCUUAUUGGCUCUUCGUGUUUACGCGAUGUACGGUCAGAGCAGGGCAUUGCUUGCGGUGUUUAGCACGUUCAUUCUUGGGAGAUUAGCCAUUGCGAUCUGGCUGGACUUGCUACUUCGUGGUGCCUCCACUAAGAACUCGCUACAUGAGGCGUUCUCUGCUUGCGUAUGCGGUAUUGCUAUCAACUCUAGUCAUGACCAUGAGCUAACUCUGGCGGGUGUGGUAUUCGAUACGCUGGUGUUAGGGCUAACGAUGAUAAAGACCUAUGAUCAUGCGAAGGAGAUGCAACGGCUUGGCCAGCUCAGCGUUACCCAGGUCCUUCUGCGCGAUGGAGUGAUGUACUACACAAUUGCUGUCAUGAUUACCAUCGUCAACGCUACUCUGGAAGUCGUCUCUUUAACCUCUGAAGAGCUUUCCAUAUCGACUUCGGCGUUCAGCGGACUGGUUAUUCCUUUCUUCACCGUCUUGCCCAACCUUCUAAUCAAUCAUCUAGUUCUGAAUCUUCGACUCUUCGGAUAUAAGAAAAUCCCUACGGCUCCAAGGCUAUCCGAGCCGGCGUUCGCUCGAAAUCGUGUACUCGGAAAUAUUGGCGCCCCUCUUGACUUCGGCCAGUGGGAGUCCAUAAACGACGGUGCUGGUGAACAUGGCGGGCUCUCUGAGUGCGAGGACCACGACGUCGAAGGAGGAUUAGUAUCGGCGGAUAAUGCGGCUGAGGUAGGACAGCCUGAGGAAACUGGGGUGUCAGAGGUGCACCGCAAGAAAGACCUGGACAAGAUUCAGACUGCAUCUGUGUAA